CAUUCUUCAUCUCCUCAUCAGCUUCCAGGUCUCUCGAGCACAAUUCUCCUCAUCUCCUAGAUAGCAAGCUUGAUUUGCGGAGAGUUAAGAGCAAGACUGUGGUUGACGACCAAUCAGUUGCAGAUCAUGAUGAGGUCGACGUGGUUGGCGUUCGCUGUGGCGGCGCUCCUCGUCGCCUCGGUGGCACACGCCUCGCCGCCGGCGAAACUGAAGGUCGGGUUCUACAAGCACUCGUGCCCGCAGGCCGAGGACAUCGUCCGCAACGCCGUCCGCCGCGCCCUCGCCCGAGACCCGGGCCUCGGCGCCGGCCUCAUCCGGAUGCACUUCCACGACUGCUUCGUCCGCGGCUGCGACGCCUCCAUCCUCAUCAACUCCACGCCGGGCAACCAGGCCGAGAAGGACUCCGUGGCCAACAACCCCAGCAUGCGCGGCUUCGAGGUCAUCGACGACGCCAAGGCCGUCCUCGAGGCGCACUGCCCGCGCACCGUCUCCUGCGCCGACAUCAUUGCUUUCGCGGCGCGCGACGGUGCCGACCUCGCCGGCGGCAUCAAGUACCAGGUCCCCUCGGGGCGCCGCGACGGCCGCAUCUCCAUUUCCGACGAGGUGCUCAACAACAACGUCCCCGGACCCACCGACCUGGUCAACGAGCUCGUCGAGAGCUUCAAGCGCAAGGGUCUCUCCGCCGACGACAUGGUCACGCUUUCCGGCGCGCACACCAUCGGCCGCUCCCACUGCUCCUCCUUCACGCAGCGCCUCUACAAUUUCAGCGGCCAGGUGGGGCGGACGGACCCCGCCAUCGACCCCGCCUACGCCGAGCACCUCAAGAUGCGGUGCCCAUGGCCGUCCAGCGACGCCCAGAUGGACCCCACGGUGGUGCCGCUCGACCCCGUCACGCCGGCGGACUUCGACAAUCAGUACUUCAAGAACGUGCUCGCGCACAAGGUCGUGCUCACCUCCGACCAGACGCUGCUCGACAACCCGUGGACGGCCGGGAUCGUCAAGUUCCACGCCGCUGUCGAGAAGGCGUGGCAGAUCAAGUUCGCCGCGUCCAUGAUCAAGAUGGGCAACAUCGAGGUCCUCACCGGCGACCAGGGGGAGAUCAGGGAGAAAUGCUUCGUCGUCAACCACUACUAGUCACUUCAACGGAUUAGCUAGUACUAAGAUUGUUUAAAUAUAUAUGUUCCAAGUUAUAAUCGUCGAGAUUUUUCUUCUUUCUUCAGUUUGUGUAAUUGAACACGUUUGUCAAGUGAAAUGAUACCAAUCUUAGUACGCAUCAUUA